AUGGCUAAGCAAGGCCUCGCCUUCGAAGAGGAGGAGCUCCUCCUUCAACAGGCUAAGGCCCAGCAGGAACUGCUUUUGGCACAGACGAGAGCCCAACAGGAAGCUGAGUUAGCACAGGCUAAAGCCCAAAAGGAAGCUGACUUAGCACAGGCUAAGGCCCAGAGAGAAAUAGAGUUUGCAGUGGCAAAGGCCAAGCAGGAUACGCUACAACGGGACCUAGGUCUGCUCCAAGCAAAAAGAGACACAGCACAAAAGAUAGCCAGGGCCAACGUUUUAGCCAAAGCUCUAUCACAGGAGCUAACUCAAGAAAACCUUAGCCUUCUGCCAAUACAAGAGUCUAUUGCAAAGGUUUCAGCACACCUGCAACUGGAACCACCUGUAGUGCAGAGCCAUGUCUCCUUUGACCAUCCUGAAGAUCGCUCACCUGUCCCAGUGUUCACUACUUCAAAGCCAGCCAAUUCCCCUAAAGUUCAACAAAGCACGGCCGGGAGGGUGCCAUCGUCUCUGUCAGAGUCCAUCCCUGUAAUUAAGCCUCAGAGAUACCACCUGUCUAUGUGGGAACCAAAGGAUGACGUCUUUCAGCAGGAUCCAGAUGUUCUCUCAGAUUGGCAAGGCAUGGCCGGGAGUGGUCCACCACAUCCAUCCCUGCAUACCAAGCCAAUUGUUUCAUCACUGAAGAUUAAAGCUUCAGAGGCGCUGCCUGCCAGCAAUCUGCUGAACUCAACAUCUCCUACCAUCAUAAUGAGACGUGUUCAACCGAAGAAUAUUGACUUUGUCACACCACAGCAGACUCCUCAGAUGUAUCCCUACACACCGGAUUCACAAUUGGGCUUCCUCCUGCGUAAUCCCAGAAGAGAUAUCAGAGACAAAGGCGUCCAGAAAUUCACCGACCGGCCAGACGACUACCUCCUGUGGAAAAUUACCUUCAAGAGGGCCAUCCGAGAUUUCAAAUUAGAAGCAGAUGAAGAAUUGUCUCUUCUUAUGGCGUGGCUUGGAUCCAGCUCAGCUGAGCAAGUAAAGAGGCUCUAUGCUGCUCACGUGUCAGACCCUCAAAAAGCAUUGUCCACAGCGUGGUCUCGCUUGGACCAGCGCUACGGUUCGAGCACUGAGAUAGAAGCAUCCCUCAUGGAUCGACUCAACAGGUUCCCAUCAUUGAAGAUGAAAGAUUACAAACAGCUUUGGGACUUCAGUGAUCUUUUGUUAGAGCUAGCUUCAGCCAAAGAAAAUCCAGAGCUGCCAGGAUUGGCAUGUCUGGACCAGCACACAUCGCAGAGUGCCAUUCUCUGCAAACUUCCUUUUCCCCUUCGAGAAGCUUGGGGAAAAGAGGUGUUCAAGUACAAGGAGGCAAAUGCAAAUGUAUAUCCGCCCUUCAACUUUUUGGUGGAUUUUGUCACCAGAGCAGCCCGUGAGAGGAAUGACCCUCAAACAGGUCUUCCCGCUUUGUACCAAGGCCUAAAGCCUGAAAAGACCUCCAAAGAAGACAAAGUGCAGGGCAAAGAACUUAAAAGGAACUUGAGUGUCAAGAUGACAGACACUACUCCUCCACCUUCAGUUCAAUCAGUUGGCAACAGCAGCAUCACCUGUCCCAUUCAUCAGAGGCCACACAGCCUAGCUGAAUGCAGAGAGUUCACGAAGAAGCCCUAUAAAGAGCGGCUUCAAGUAGUUCAAAAGGCCAAGGUGUGCUUCAGAUGUUGCGGCUCCACUAUUCACUUCUCCAAAGACUGUAAAGAAAAGGUGAAAUGUCAACAUUGCAACAGCCUCAAGCAUUGCUCUGCAAUGCAUAAUUUUGAUUCCCCUCAACUCAAAGCAAAUACAAAGUCCCCUGUCAAAGAAGAGACCAAAGAAGUGAAGGACCAAAAUUCUACAGAACCUCAGGUAGCCCUCAAAGCUCCUGCCGUUGCCUGCACCAAGCUUUGUCAAAAUAACAUCAAGCCCAGGAUUUGUCAUCCUAUCUGCCUGGCAGAAGUGUAUCCAGACAAGCAGCCGUGGAAUAGGAAAAAGGUCUACGUCGCCCUGGAUGCCCAAAGUGAUGCAUCGCUUGCAACCCCAGAGUUCUUCGACAUGUUCGACCUUCACACCAAGACAGUGGAAUACACCAUAUCCACUUGCUCUGGAAGGAACAAGAUGUGUGGCAGAGUUGCAACUAGGUUCAAAAUUUCACCCUUUGGACAAAAGGCCAGUUACGAACUUCCUGACCUUAUAGAAUGCAGCCUGAUCCCCAGGAACAAAGAACAAAUAGCCACAAAGGAGGUGGUUCAAGCCCAUCCUCAUCUCAAAGGCAUCCAAGAUCUAAUUCCAGCUCUAGACUUGGAAACAGACAUUGUCAUGCUUAUCGGCGCAGAUUGCCCCAUACUGUUCCGUAUUAGCAACCAGAUUGAAGGUCCUAAGGGAUCACCCAUUGCCCAGAAGUUGCCUUUAGGAUGGACUGUGUUAGGCCCAGUCUGCCUGAACAAGAUGUUCCAGCCUGUCACUAAAAGACCUCCACUAAUGCAAGGAUGUGCCAGCCACAUCUCAGUUUGUUGCCAGGGAGUAAUACCUGAUUACUCUUCCAUCUUCGAAGUCACAGAGAGAGAUGAGCAAACAGCCUUCUCUAAAGACGAACAAAGGUUCCUUGAGAUGAUGAACAACCAAAUCACUCAAGACCCCCAAGGUAAUUGGAUAGCACCUUUACCUUUCAAGCCGGAAAGACCAUCUCUACCCAACAACAGAGAUGUUGCCCUUCAUCAUCUCCUGUCCUUAAGAAGAAGGAUGCUGAAAGAUCCAAAGGUGAGGACCCAGAUCACCCAGUUUGUAGAAGACCUCUUCAGCAGCAACUACACCGAACCAGCCACUGCAUGUGCGGAGGAGGAGGAAGAGGCUGAUGGUGGACCUUUCUCGCCACAGCCGUCGACGGUGAUGACGGCCGUUCUGUCCCCACGGGCGUGUGACAGCGACCCGACCACGCCUAAAGCCCAGUCCUUCAAGGAUGAUACUGAAGAAAAUUCAAACGAUGGCAGCCAACCAUCUAAAAGACGUCGAAUGGGCUCAGGGGACAGUUCACAAAGUUAUGAAGCUUCAAGCCAAGACCUUAGCUUUAGUUACUUUCCAGCAGAAAACCUGAUAGAGUACAAAUGGCCCCCUGAUGAAACAGGAGAAUACUACAUGCUUCAAGAGCAAGUCAGUGAAUACUUGGGUGCGACCUCCUUUAAGCGAAAGCAUCCAGAUUUAGAAAGAAGAGAUCUACCUCACAAAGAGAAACUCUGCCUCAGAGAACUAAAUGUCUCUGAAGGCGAAUGUGCUCCUGAAAACCAGGAGGAACCUCUGCUGGCAAGACCGAAAGUAAGAGAGAGAGAUUCCACUCCAAGAAAAGAGGGUUCCAAACGAUCUGUAUCCAAAUUGGUUCCUGGGUACAAGCCAAAGGACUUUCCAAAUACUAUAUGUGGGAUUUGUCUGAAGGGUAAAGAGUCCAACAAGAAAGGGAAGGCGGAAGCCCUUAUACACUGCUCCCAGUGUGAAAACAGUGGCCACCAUUCCUGUCUGGACAUGUCUGCGGAGCUUGUGGCAAUCAUUAAGACCUAUCCCUGGCAAUGCAUGGAGUGCAAGACAUGCAUCAUAUGCGUCCAGCCUCACCACGAGGAAGAGAUGAUAGUCUGCGACACAUCCACCAAGGCUAUCGCUGCAGUUGCAUACGCCAGACAGAGAGGCAUCAGUACCUGCUCUUCAGGAUUUGUGAUGUCAAAGACUAAAGUAGCACCCAUGGACGUUUCAGUGCCCAGAAGAGAACUCUGUGCCGCUGUCUUAGCUACUCAGUUAAGGCAAACUGUCAGAGAAGAAAUAACUUAAAAGAAAAGGACAAUCCCAGACACCAAUGGACUAAGGGUUUUGUUUUCUAAG